AUGUCUACACCAACAAUUCCCAAGGACAUCAGGCAGAUAAACCGCUUCAUCACGACCCACGACAACGAGGGCAAGACGGCAUUUUCAGACACCCUACCCGAUGAAGCUCCAUUCAAGACUCUCCCAGACGGCGUGGGCUUCGCCCUUUGCUACGCGACGAACAAAUUCCCAGUCUCUCUGUCAGGCGACAAAGACGUAUCCACGUACCAGCAUUACACUGAGAACCUCCCAGGGAUAACAAUCCCAACAGGUACUGUUCUCCGCGUCGUUGAUAUGCCUCCGGGCGCUCUUUCGCCAAUGCACCGAACGAUCAGUCUCGACUACGGCGUCGUCUUGGAGGGGGAAAUUGACCUGAUAUUGGACUCUGGCGAGUCGCGACAUAUGAAAAGGGGUGAUAUCUCAAUUCAGCGUGGGACCAACCACGCGUGGAGGAAUCGGAGUUCAACGUCGUGGGCAAGAAUGCUCUACGUGCUUCAGCCAGCGGAGGCAAUUGUGGUGGAUGGGAAAGCGAUGGAGGACAAUUCUGCCCAGACGAUUCCGGGAUAUGAGGAUAAGCCAUAG